AUGUCUAUCAACAGGCACAACGACAGUCGCAUACGUAAAAUGUCGACGGGCAAGAAAGGGUUCGCGUCGGCCGCUGCCGCGCUUGUUGAUAUGCAGGCCGGCUUUGACGAGCUGGAGAGGAAGGCGGCGGCCGGCGCGGGCCUGGCCAAGGCCCAGAACCAGCUGGAGAAACUGGAGAAGGCCCAGAAGAAGCAGGGCGAGGAGCAGGAGAAGUUCGGCAACGAGCAGAGCCUCCUGACCAAGGAGCACUUCCAGCUAGAAGUGCGGCACGAGGGUCUGCGCAAGGAGCAGAAGAAGCUAGAAGCAGUCGUGGCAGAGCUGCGCGAGCAGCACCAGAACCUGUACCUCCGCGCAGCGCUCGAGAAGGCCCGCGGUGAGCACGAGACGCACAUGGCGUCGCUCGAGCGCCACCGCGUCAAGCAGUGGCAGAUGAUCGAGGAGCUAGUCGAAGCUCGCAACAUGGACCACUUCCUCUUGAAGGAGCUCAUCGGCCGCAUCGGCAAGCUCGAGCGGAGCCGGCCCAAGCAGGGCGGCGAAGACGACGAUGACGACAUGCCUCGCAAGAGGCAGAAGAUGACCGCGACCGGCAACGGCAAAGCCCCCACCGCUGCUUCUGCUGCUGCCACCACCACCAACCCCGUCGGCGGCCUCUCUAGAGCUGCGGCUCCUUCCUCGACCGCUGCUCCCCCGGUCGUUGCCUCUGCCUCCUCUUCCGCCUCCGCCUCCGCCUGA